UUAAACAUAAAGCCGCUGCCGCUAGCCAGGAUUUUCAUUGUUUUUGUUUUAUGUUGCGCCAAAAUUAUUGUCACCUUUUUUGAUUUUGAAAUUUUUUGAUCAUUCUUUUAAAUUUUUCUAGUUUUGCCCUUUGUAAAUUUGUGUUUCUUGCAAAAUAACGUCGUAAUUGUAAUCCCGAGCCUUGGUGUAGGCUGAAUCGUUUUGUACGUGUUUUGGGCGGAAAUAUCCUUAUCGAAUAACGAAGCUUCAUUCGGCGUGUUAGAGAAAGCAAUUUCAAAAUUUCGUGCUAAAAUGGAUGAUAAUUUAGAGAAUGGUUCUUCGAGCGAUCUUGACAACGAAGUGGAAGAAAAAUUCCUCGCUGAUGGCUUCGACAGUGAAGUGGAGAAAAAAUUUGUCGUCGAUAGCAACGAAGCACUUCAUUUCAAAUUACUUCGUGAAACAAAUGAUUUGGAAUCGGAGCAAAAUUCGUUUCAGCCUGAGAUGUCUCAUCAAGUGUUUGGAAAAACCGAGAAAAUAUUCGGAUACAACGAUUUGAAAAUUGAAUUAUUCUAUACCGCUGGUUGGCUUCGAACUUACAUAAACAUGGCGUACAAAGAGAAAAUUUCCCCCAGCGUUAUAGGUUUGCCGGCGGACGACGUGAUGAAAACUCUAUCCACAUUCCUGGAACACGAUUAUUUAGAAAAUCUCGAUUCGUUUGUGUCCACUUUGAAGGAUGAGGUAUCGUUUAAACCGGCCGGUAUUUUAAUCGAUUCGCUAUCACUAUCGGAAGAAAACGAAACGUCUAGGAAGUACGAAAUUUAUCACGUUCAUUUAUCCAACACCGAUAGCAAGUACUUCAACGAUUAUUAUCGUAGACUGCAGCAUUUCGUAAUUUGGUAUAUCGAUGGAGCAAGCUACGUUGAUUUCGACGAUGAACGCUGGAAUUAUUUCAUUAUGUACGAGAAGUAUUUGAACGAAAAUCAAGAUUGGUGCUACGGUGUGGUAGCAUUUAGUACGGUUUAUGAAUAUUACGCGUAUCCUAGUCACACGAGACCUCGCAUUAGUCAACUGCUUGUUCUGCCGCCUUUUCAAAGGAGAGGACUCGCCGUGUAUUUGAUCAAUUCUAUUUAUAAACAUUACUUGAAAAAUGAUUCCGUUAUCGAUAUUACGGUCGAAGAUCCUACUGAAAACUGUCAAGCGGUUCGAGAUUUUUUGGAUAUGUGUAGAUGCGAAAAGUUGGAUUGUUUCGCCGAAGACAAGUUGAAAAGCGGAUUUACUGUUGAAAUGGAAACUGAAUUGAGAACAAAGUUUAAAAUUCAUAAAAAACAAGCUCGCAGAAUUUACGAAAUUUUACUUUUACGAGCUAUCGAUAAAUCCGAUGAAAAUGAAUAUAAGAAGUAUCGUAUCUCCGUCAAAAAACGACUCAAUGCGCCAUUUCAGAAAAUGGGUUCUAUGAUGCGUAGAAUGAAUUACACGUUCAAACCUAAUGAAGUAGAACAGGCGGCGGUAUUUCAAAAGCCAGAAAUUCGAUACGAAAGUUUAACCAGAUUGUAUAACGAAUUGGAAGAUCAAUACGAAAGAGUAAUAGAACGAUUUGAAAACUGUGUCACUAAACCUGUAUUCUGAGUACCUAUUCGAUUGAUUGUAUGAUUGGGCGAUCAUGUCGUGAAUAUGUGAUUUAUUAUAAUUUAAGCGUGAUAAUGUAUCAGUGUCGCGCAAAUUUCAUGAUUUUUUUUUACAUUAAAUUUCCUUUUUCUGAUUUUUAA